AUGACGUUAAAGCAAGAAAAUUCUGACAAAAAACAAAAAACUAAAAAUGCUGCUUCGUUGGCUGCACCUACUGCUUUUGCAAGAUCUUUUGUAUUGCAAGGUCUUGCAUUAUUUUAUAGGACCCCAAUAAAGCUUUUUAGACCAUUAAGAGUAGAUUAUUUAGUAAUGGCCCGAGCUAUUAUGCCACCACCUUCAGCAAAUGCAGGAAAAUUAUUUUUUCAAAAUACUAGUUUGGGAAUUAUUUCUAAUGCAGUUAAACAUCAUGGAUUUUCAUUUAUUCAUCGUCAUGUUCUCCCACCUUUGUUAGCUAAUUCAGUAAUCGGAGCAGUUCUAUUUACAGUUUAUAUUUCUGUUCUUUCUAAAUUUCAUGAUACCUCAUCAUUUGAAUCAUCUUAUCGUUUCAAUUCACCUCCUUCGUUUUCAACAGUAUUUUUUUCCGGAGCUAUAGCAGGUGCAGCUCAAUCGUUAGUAGCGGCACCACUUGAUUCAUUAAAAGUAAGAUUUGAAGUAAAUGAUUUGUUGGAAGGUAAACAUAAAAAUAUGUAUUAUUAUGCCAAAACCACAUGGAAAGAAUUAGGACUUUCGAGUAUUUAUCGAGGAAUUGGGUUAACAUUGGAUUCUUUAUCUUGUGGUUUAUUCUUUGGAGUAUUCGAAUUUAUUAAACAAAAAUCUUAUAAUUACGUUUUUGAUGAAAUAUAUAAAUCCAAUAAAUCAAUUUCAAAUCAAAAAAAUUCAUACUUUUCCAAUUUUGAACCUGCUUUCAUACUUGCAGCUGGUGGUUUGGCUGCUAUUUCAUAUCAUUCAAUUGAUUAUCCACUUGAUAAAGUUCGAAAUGUAUUCUUAAUUGAAGAAGCACAAGCCGAAUAUCAACAUGAACAAAAAUCGAAAUUAUAUAAAAUUACUUGGGAACAAUGUAAAUUGAGGGCAAAAAGAACUGGAUGGAUUCGAUUUUUAUAUGGUGACUUUGGAGCGACCGUAAUAAGAGCAGUUCCUGCUACCAGUAUAGGAUUUUUGGUGUCAAUAAAAGUUUAA